AUGCACACAAGGGUAUCCUGGUCGCGAUAUUCCUCAGUGACCUAUACCCAGCCAUCGACAUCGCGCACAGGAUUGUUGCCUGAGAGACACACCUGGGACUUUGCUCAGAAAGUCUCUUUCGCUGCGCAUCAUCCGUCCCGCUCCCGCCAGUCCUUGCUCUUUAGCUAUCGGGGCAUUCACACGACCACUCAGGUCUCUCAAGAUCGUCCGCCUUCUGAGCAUCGCAGGCUACCGUCAGAAGGAGAAGAGCCGCAAAAUGAGAACAAAUCUUCUCCGGGUGUCCAGCCACCUGCUCAGCAGGACUCACGGCCGUUAGAGAACUAUUCAAAAUUCUUCCGACAGCUCGCUCUGUCGCUCCCUCACGUUCACCGACCAACACGAGACGACUUCCUGAAUGCGGCUAGCGGCUUUUGGCAGCGCAUGCGCGUACGCUUCAAGUGGCUCACCAUUCGGUCGUUCCGCAAGUACAAUGCAGACGAGAUAUCUGCCUUCAUAACGUGGUUCUUUAUGAGCCAAACACUGUGGUUGUUCGUGGGCACGACCACUUUCUUCUCAGUGUUUCUUAUAACUGUGAACAGUCUCCGCUUGCAAGAAAAUGUUGCGCGCGCAAUUAGCGACUAUCUCACUGCGGAGACUGGGAUACAUAUCGUAUUUGAGUCCGCCAUCGUCCCAAAGUGGAAGGAUUCGCGUAUAUCCUUUAAGAAUGUUUACAUCACACGUAGACCGGACGUUGUUAACAAAGUGCGAGCGGACAGGAACACUGGGUAUCACUAUGCGACAGGUUACGACGUCAGCAAUCAUCCUGCGAACCAUGGCUUCAUGUAUGACGAAGAGGACUCAAUCUUGGAAGAGCUGCCAGGCGAAGAUACCAACUAUUCGAUGUUUGACCUCAGCGUGGAUACAAUCGACGUUACUCUAUCUUUCACGCGGUGGCUGGAGGGCAAAGGUCUUGUUACAGAUGCAGUUGUGAAGGGCGUACGCGGUGUCCUUGAUCGGCGAUUCGUACACUGGGAUCCCGAAAAUCCUCUUGACCCGGCUUCCUUCCGCCACCAGGCCCGGCAAGGCGACUUCGAACUGGAAUCUUUCCAGCUAGAGGAUCUCCUGGUUACCGUAUACCAGCCAGGUAGCUUCCGGCCAUUCACGGCCUCCAUCUUCCGCGCAGACAUUCGGACAUUCCGGAAGCAGUGGCUCUUUUACGAUUUCCUUUCAGCGGAGAACGUCGUUGGGCAGUUCGAUAAUUGUCUAUUCAGCUUGCACAAACCGCAAAGUAUAGGACGUACUACCGAACAGGACCUCAAGGAUGGUCAGUGGGCCCGUAUGUCCCGACUUCGCAUCGAUGGUGUCAACAUCGAUCACCUGCAGCACAUGUCCACACAGGAAGGCCCCAUUUCCUGGAUCACCUCUGGCAAGGUGGACGCGGUACUAGACAUUAAGUUUCCACGUGACUACAGCGAUGAUUCACCCUUCAACACUCUCAUUGGUGAGAUUGCAGACGCGAUCACGACUGCCGCAACGUCGGCGGUCGCAGAGCGCAUUCCUGGCCAGCGUGAGCUCGCGAAGCCUCCGCUGAGCGCGCCAUCGGACCAAACUGCUAUGCCUGCAGACAGCGCGGAGCACCCCAAAAUCAUCAUUGACAUUGACCUGAGGUUCCGUGACCUCAAGACAGCAGUGCCGUUGUUCACUGCGGAUCUGUCAUACGCCAAUAAUGCGCUCAUCAGACCGAUUGUCGCGUUCAUGAAUGCAAAUCGUACUCUGAUACCCAUUCACUCACGUGUUGUCAAGGAUCUUAGCAACUUUGAUGGCGCAUGGACGAUGUGGGAGACUGGCCUCGUGGACGAUAUAGGGGCGAAGGUGUAUGAGGCUAUGGCCUACCACGUCACACAGGCAAAUUUCAACCGACGCGUGAAAGCUGUGAGCGCAUGGAGCCUGCAGAUGACUGCGAGCGCCAUCUUGUCCGCCCUCCGUACAGCUAUGGAUCCGAUGGCCUCUCACCUGAGGGAAGUCUAUUCGGAGGGGCUGCCGUACGACAUAGCCUUCCCUGUGGGGUUGGCUGAGGGGACGAGCAUCUGA